AUGGAAUCUUCAAUGAUUGAAACUUGUGAGGCAAUGUGUCCAGAUAAUGGAAUCAAAUUGCGAACCAGAGAGAAAUUGCUGCAUUUUUUCGAACGAAAACCAUCGAAAGCCGGCGAUUAUAUUGUGGACGAACGAAAACUAGUCAAAGAAUUUGCCAGAUCGGCGGCUGGUGUUAAACUCCCACAACCACAAAGUUUGAGAACGAAAAAUUGUUUAAAACGCACUGUAAACUAUUUGCUAACGGAAAUCAUUCGAGAUGAUCGAAAACCCAAUCAUGUUGCCUAUGAUUUUAUUUUUGAUCGAUUGCGUGCCGUUCGCCAAGAGAUUGUCAUGCAAGAUUUGGACGCAGUUACCACCAUUGAAUUAAUUGAACCGAUGAUCAUGUUCCUUUCUUACUCAUUGUAUAGAUUAGUUGAAGAUCCAAUUGAUCGAUUCGAUCCAAAAAUAUGCCGUCAACCUUUGCAGGAAUGCCUGAACAAAGUGCUGAAGUGUUAAGAUUCAUUGGAUGAACCGGCAGACGCGAAAGAUAUAGACAAAAAAGAAGCCACAACUCAUAGAGAAUUGAUAGAGUCAUUGUGUUUAUUGUUCAAUUUAGGCAACAGCGAAGCAUUGGCCAGAGCACCAGUCACAGUCUUCUUUUGA